CAGCUCCUGUGUGGUCAGGAGGUUUUCAUGAAGAGCACAGAGCGUUAGAACCUGAGCAAACCAGACGGUUAGAGACACGGCGCUCGUCUUCCUCAUGAUGUGUUCUAGAGAAGGUUUAAAAACACAGACAUGCUUUCUGGGAUACUUCACACCACCAGGCGGACUCUAGGCGGAAAUGACUGUUUGGUUGCCAUGGCGACUCUGAGACGAGGUGAGAGGUGCGGGGAGGAUGUGGUGUGGUGGCUCCGCCUCAUUUCAUCCGCCGGCCUGAGUGCAGAGGAAGAAGAGAGAGAGGUUCGAACAUCCGGUUGACUCAUAAAUAAGAAAAAGAAAACGCCCUACAUAUUUGCUCAGGUCAUGUAAGGUGGGGUGCAAAAGUUUGUACACCCUUUCCGCUUUUCCCCAUGGCGAGUUACAUUUCCAGUUAAUCGAGUUUUAAUUAAUUCUCAUUGAGUGAAGAUCCUUAGAGAAAUAAGAAGUGGAAUAAAUUUAUAGUCACAUUUAUAUCAUAUUCAGAAAUUCAGAAAAAUAAUUCAGAAAAUACUGCAGAGUUACUGUAACCACCCUGAAGUUGAUUAAUUUCCUACAACAGCACGUCCCCAAGUGCUUUAUUCACUCGUUCCCUCACCAGCCUCUCUCUUUUUCUCUCUCUUGAAGUUAAUAAGACAAAAAAAAAAAAAACGUCGCUUGUUACAUCAUUUUACCGAGAAACCGCAAAGAAGCAUAAACUCCUCACAAAACUUCAAGUUACAGCUUUACCUCUGACUGUUACAAAGCGCUGGCACUGGAGACUCCUUCCAUACAUGUUACAUAAUUUAUUCUCACAAUAUCGACGAUGUUCAGGUUUUUUAAUCCGUUUAUUAUUAGCGGAGCGUCUGAUAUACACGUCCCUGUGCAUGAGCUGUUACUAUAGAAACGAUAACGUAUUAGAACAAGUGCAAUAAUUAUGAAUAAAGCUGUGAUUUGCAGCUGCACUACUGUCAGAGCUGCUGUUAUAGAGAAUUAAUCAACACCCUCUGACCAAUCAGGAUCCAGGAUUCAGCAGCGCUGUGGUGUAACGUCAGCUAUAUGUAUGAUAUCUGGAGUGAGAUGAUGUGUGUACUGCGCUGAUUAAUUUUAAACAGCCAUCACACACACACACACACACACACACACAUACACACACACACACAGAAGAAGUUUAACGUUAAUUUAACACACAGUUGGUCCACAUGCACCGUUAUCGGGAGGAGAUACAGGAAGUGGUUUAACUGACCGCUGAUUUAACGCUGCUGUGUUUUCACAUGGGUGUUCUCACUUUCUGAGAAAUACAUAAAAAACACUUGAGGUUUUAUAUGAGCUCAUGACUUCAGAUUUCUCUGAUCUCACAAUGAGGCUGGGUUUAUUCAGUUUCUCCGCCUAGUGCAGCAGAAACAUACUGCAGUCUACUGCAAAGCGUUGCUAUUUACUGUACACACUAAUAGAUGUUAUACCAGCGUAUAUCUGUGUUCCCAUGGAGUUAUACAGUUUUUUUUUAGUACAAACUUUGUUAUAGAUGUUUAUUUUCUGACUUCUACAUUAUUGAUUCAGUCCAAAAACAUUUUAGAUUCCAAACAUUAGUUUUCCAGCACAGAAUGAAACGUUACAGAAAAAUGUUUGUAUGUCAGUAAAGAAAGCAGCAGAUUCCAUAAGAGACACUUUUCAGAUAAAAACAGAAUGAAGGCUGCUGGGUUUCGCUGCAGAAAUAAGAAGCGAGUCGACAGUCAAAGUCUCCAGAAGAACUGUGGCUGCUUCUGCAAGAUGCUCAGUAACACUUCCAGCUCAUUUCCUUAUAAAACUGCACACACUGCACCUCAGAUACUGCUUUAUUUAUUUAAAGCGAAGGAUCGUCACAUUAAAUACUGACUUUGUUUCAUUUAUUACUGUUUACUGCUCUUUAUAGGAUUUUUUAAAAUGUAGAAACAUUUAAUUUCAUUAUUUUUCAUCUGAGGAGAUCCCAGCACCGACUGUACUUCUUAAGAAGGCUGAGGAAAUUUGGCACGUCAACCGAAAUCCUCAGCAGCUUCUACAGAUGUACAGUUGAAAGUGGAAAGCUCUCCAGCAUGUCAUAAAAACUGCACAGUUCAUCUGUGGAGUAGCCUCCCAUCACUCCAGGACCUUUAUACCACCAGGGUCAUCAGGAGGGCCCACGACAUCAUCAGGGACAAUCCACAUCCACAACACAGUCUUUUCACACUUCUGCUCAAGGACAAAAAGACUCACCAACAGCAAUGUAUAUUUUUCUUCUUCUUCUUCUUCUUCUUCUUCUUCUUUUAGGGAGACGUGCGAAGUAAGAAUUUCAUUGUAAGGUCUAAAACGUUGUGUUUUUCACUGACAAUAAACCUCUUGAAGCUGGAAUUUUUUGAAGGCAUCUUCACUCUACAGCAUUUCUUUUUCCACAGGAAAAUGCGCUCGAGUGCAAAAGUGCAAAAGUUUGCAUCCCCCAUGGGUUUUGACCGGAGACUGAGACUUUUAGAAGGUUAAGGAUGAACCGUUGUCCUGCAACGACACAACGAUCCUGAGCUGAUCCAGAUCCGUACGCAGGUUACUCUGAGAUUUCAGAGCUAAUAAUAAUGGAGGUUGCCGUAGCUGCUGCUGCUGCGUUUAAUUAGGGAUUGGCUCGGAUUAGUGGUGUGAGAACUUUAAUCCGUUUAAAUCACAGAGACACCGUUUGUGUGUGUGUGUGUGUGUGUGUGUGUGUGUGUGUGGGCCUUUAGUCCAAACCCCGAGUCCCAGAGACGACACCGAGCGCAGUAUCAGAGACAUGAGACAUGGACAGUGAGGAGGACAAGGAGCGUGAGAUGUCUCCUGAGGAACAGGAGGAGAGCGAGGAGAAGGAGGACGAGGAGAGAAGAGACGUUGCAGGACAGAAGGAGGACGAGAAAGAUGAGGAAGACGAGGAGAGAGGAGACAUGACAGGAGAGAUGAAGGACAUGGAGGAGUGGAACGGGUUUCUUUCGGAUGGGGUUACAGAGAAGACCCGAGGGGACGACGUGGUGGUGGACUGGAAGCCUGGUGACCCCGUGACCCCUCAGUACGUCCUCACACUGGCGGAAUACACGCAGGAUUAUCUGUGCUCUCCGGAGGACAACGUCUACAACAUCAGCUUCUCCCGCUUCAAAAUCCGAGACCUGGAGCGAGGAUCCGUCAUCCUGGACCUGAAACGACACUGUCCCACAGAAAUUAAAGAUGUAAUCGAAACAGACGCGGGACGUUUUAUUCAGUAUCAUUUCACACCUUCGUUUCUGAAUCUGAGAGAAAUCGGAGCCACGCUGGAGUUUACAGUGGGCAGUAAAGCAGUGAACAGGUUCCGGCUCAUCGAGAGACACUAUUUCAGAGAGCUGCUGCUGAAGACCUUCGACUUUGAGAUUGGCUUCUGCAUCCCGUACAGCAGAAACACCUGCGAGCACAUCUACAGCCUCCCGGACCUGGACACACACACCAUUGAAGAGAUGAUCGCUCACCCGUUCGAGACGCGGUCUGACAGUUUCUACUUCGCUAACAAUAAGCUGAUUAUGCACCACAAAGCCGAGUACUCCUUCAGCGAGACACGCAACGAGUGAUCAACCCCCCUGCUGCAAAAAAUCCUUCUAUUCUUCCACUCUGUAAUGGAAAUUAAACCGUUUCCCAUCAUGGUUUCCAAUAAGGAUGUAUUUAAUGUCUUUAAUGUCUUAUGGCCAGAGUUGUCUAGUAACAUGCUAUUUAUCAGUGUUUAAAAGUCUCUUUGCAGAAAGUAUUAAAUACAGAAUCAUCACAGAAGUCCAUUAGGAUUUUAUUUUCUGAAGAACCAUUAAACUAGAAACUGUUAUUAUAACCAAGAGACGGAUCUUCUAAUCAGUCCCAGAUCACCUGGUAAACAUCACCAUAUGAAGCCAUAUGGAAAAUAUAAGAUACAAACACUGACCUUUAAACACCACGGGAAUGAGAUCAGCAGUGAGAAAUGAUUAGUAAUGAGUGAGGAGAUGAGUUUCAGUGGUUUGUGUUGCAUUAUAGAGCAGUUGGAAAAAAGAAAAAUAGUCUUUUAUUAUAUUCCCAGUCAUGUAGUUACAGCACUUUGGCAAGUUUUCUGUGUGCAUUAUUUACAAU